AUGCUCGCCCGAGUCCUCCGUUCGUCCACCGCUGUCGCUGGCCGCGCCGCCGGCCGUCGCGCCAUCUCGACCUCCAUGCCCCGCUUCGUCGAAGCGAGCGAAGAAUCCAAGGAGGUCACGGGCCUGACGCCCCGCGUCCAGGUCGCCCUCGACACGAUCGCGGACCUUUCCAAGAUUGAAAUCGCCGAGCUCGCCACGGCCAUCCAGGCCAAGUUUGACAUCCCCGAGAUGGGCUUUGCGGCUGGCGGCGGCGGCGGCGGCGCGGCGGCUGUCGAGGAAGUCAAGGAGGAGAAGACGUCGUUCGACGUCAAGCUCGUGAGCUUUGAUGCCAAGAAUAAGAUCAAGGUCAUCAAGGAAGUCCGUGCCAUCACGGGCCUCGGCUUGAAGGAGGCGAAGGAGCUCGUCGAGGGCGUCCCCGCUGUCCUCAAGAAGGACCUCAAGAAGGCCGAAGCCGACGAGCUUUUGGCCAAGAUCGCUGAAAUGGGCGGCGUUGGCGAGCUCGAGUAA